AUGAUCAUUACCUCUCUGUUCCACCUGCUAGAGUAUGGCGAUCAGCCAUGGUGUCCAGAAUGGCUGCGCGAAUACUCGCAUAUGGCUUUCAUUCAGACGUGGAAGACCAAGGGCCCUGGAAACGAAGAAUCACCAGCCGUGCAAGUCUGCGACCUGCUGCUCAGCUAUCUCUCUGACUUGGGUUCCUUCACCUUUAUCGACUCAUGUGCAGGUGGUGAGGACCAAUUCCUAUCAUAG